AGAGCAUAGCAGACGAGCAAAUAUGUUGAAAUCCAACGACCCACAUGACUCAAGUGAUUGUUGAGUGUUCAGGCAUUUACUCAGCGGUUACCAACGAGCAGCGUGUCCAUAUAUAUAUUGGCCAACCUCGCUACCAUUAGAUCACCAUGCGAGAUCUUUUCAAGUGUGCUUCAAUAUAUUCAGCUAGCCAUGAAGCUCCCGAGCUUCUAUUUACGCUCAUCGAUGCUCGUGGCUUCCUUAGUCAUCCAACUGCUGAUCACGGCGGUGGUCAGUGGCGGCGGCGGUACUACGUCGUCAUCGACGGUGGCGGCGUUGAAGAGAUACAAUGCCAUGUUCACCUUCGGUGAUUCGAUGGAAGAGACCGGCAACAUAUGCGCCGCCAGCAGCAACAAGACGGAGCUCGAUGUGCUCACCUGCACCCACCCGCCGUACGGCGAGACCUACUUCGGAAGGCCAUCUUGCCGGUGGUGCGACGGCCGCGUGGUUAUUGAUUUCAUCGCACAAGCACUUGGGCUCCCAUUUGUCCCGCCAUCGAAAGCAAAAGGCAAAGAUUUUCGGCGGGGCGCAAGCAUGGCCAUCACCGGCGGCACGGCCAUGAACUUCUCCUUCUACAGAUCUCUCGGCAUCGAAGAUCCAGUGUGGAACCAUGGCUCACUGGACACGCAGAUCCAGUGGUUCAAGGAGUUGAUGCCCUCCAUCUGCGGUACAGAACAAAGUUGCAAAGCGUACCUACGAAAAUCGUUGUUCAUGUUCGGUGGAUACGGCGGAAACGACUACAACGUGCAGCUGCUUGAACUUGACUUGACACCAUUGCAGGCGAUGAACUACACCCCAAAGAUCGUCACUGCCAUCGCUAAUGGUGUCGAGAAGCUGAUUGCUCUUGGCGCCGUCCACGUGGUCGUCCCGGGCAUCUUCCCGACGGGCUGCCUCCCGAUCUUCCUGUCGCUCUUCGGCGUCGCCGCCGGCGAGACCGACUUCGACGGCACCGGCUGCCUCAAGUCCUACAACCGCCUGACCGAGUACCACAACUCGUUGCUCCGGAAGCAGGUGGCGGCCCUCCAACAGAAGCACCGCAACUCGACGAGGAUCAUGUACGCGGACUACUACGGCCUCGUGUACCAGAUGGUCCAAGAGCCCGAGAAAUUCGGGUUUAGCAAGCCGUUCGAGGCGUGCUGCGGGGCGGGAGGGGGGAAGUACAACUUCGACGUCACCGCGAGAUGCGGCAUGGAGGGGGCGACCACCGCGUGCCACGACCCGUCGACGCGGCUGAGCUGGGACGGCAUCCACCCGACGGAGGAGGCGAGCAAGGUGAUCGCCGGCGCAUUGCUCAGGGGACCCUAUUGCACCCCUCCGAUCCUAGGCUGAAACUGCCGAAGCUUACGUACGGGUCGUCGCAUGGAAGCCGAGUAGGCUCUGAAAACUUGUGAUCGGGCUAAGAAUAAAGCGAUGCGCGCUGGUGGCGUCGUGGAAGCUCCUUGUUUUACUCUUGGAAGCUCCUUCCUUUACUCUUGAUUGACGAUAAUUCUCACUCAAUUUGCAUAAAUUUGUUCAUGUAUAAUACACUAUAAAAUUUUCACCGUGCUAAAAAAUUGUUCAUCUAUGCAUGACGCAUUACUAGGAGGUCGCACGAAACAACUAGAGACCCUAGCCGCCAGGCCGUCUA